UCGAUAAACGAUGGGAUCACUGCAUUUGCCUCCAAGUAAGCUUUCAUAUAUUUACCUCGGGAUGGGGAAAAGAGGACAAAGGCACCGUGUCAAUUGCUCGUGGGUCGCUGGGAUUUUGUUGCUGUGCUUUGCGGAGAGAAUUUUGGCCCAGCUAAGAUACUCUGUUCCAGAAGAAGUUCAGGUGGGAUCUUCUGUUGGAAAUGUGGCCAAGGAUUUAGGACUUGACAUCAGCAGUUUAGCUGGCAGGAAAUUUCGUAUCGUUUCGGGUCCAAAUCAUGCUCUGUUUCAGUUAAAUCAGAACAAUGGAGUGUUGUAUGUUGGAAAAAAGAUGGACCGGGAAGAGCUCUGUGAUGGAAACAAGGUUUGUUUGAUAAACCUGAAAAUUGUUGUUGAAAGCCCACUGGAAAUACAUUAUGUUGGAGUUGAAAUAACCGAUAUUAAUGACAAUUCACCCACCUUUCCAGAAAGCGAGCAGCGACUGGAAAUAGCAGAGAACGCUCCUCCAAGUACUCGUUUUCAAAUUCAUGCCGCUCGAGACCCUGAUUUUGGUACACAGUCAGUUCGAAAAUAUACACUGAGUCACACUGAUUUUUUUUAUAUUGACGUCAGAGACAGCGAAGAGGACAAUAUACCUUUUUUAGUACUGAAAAAAGCUUUGGAUAGAGAGCAAAAGGCAGAGCAUCGUUUACUGUUAACAGCUGCAGAUGGGGGGAGUCCGGCGAAAUCAGGAAGCCUUAAUUUAACCAUCACCGUGCUAGAUGUAAAUGAUAACCGACCUGUGUUCAGCAAAGACGUAUAUACUGUCUCAUUGGAUGAAAAUGCACCAAUAGGGACACUUGUAAUAAAAUUAAACGCUACAGAUUUGGAUGAAGGUCUGAAUAGUGAGAUUGAAUACAACUUUGGAAAAACACAAAAGAAAAACGUACACGACACCUUUGAAUUAGAUAGUAUCACCGGUGAGAUUCGAGUAAAAGGAAAAGUAGACUUUGAGGAAACGGAGCUGUACAGACUAGAUUUACAGGCUUCAGAUAAAGGUCAGCCACCUUGGACUGUCGAAAGUAGAGUUAUCAUUAAAAUAAAAGACGUGAACGACAAUAAACCAGAUAUCGAAGUAACGUCACUGUCCAACUUAAUCCCAGAGGAUUCAAAGCCCGGCACUGUUAUCGCUCUCAUCAGCGUGGUGGACAGAGACUCAGACGUUAAUGGGAAAGUUAUUUGUAAAAUAUCGGAUAAUGUUCCAUUUGAUCUGACGCCAUCACUUGAGGAAAACAUGUACUCUCUCCUUACAAAGGGUCGUUUAGACAGAGAAACCGUGCCCCGUUAUGAUAUCACAAUAACAGCAACUGACUGCGGUGAACCUCAACUUUACACAGUAAAAACAGUGAGUGUUCAGGUGUUGGAUGUAAAUGACAACAUGCCAGUUUUCAGUCAGAAUCCAUUGGAGCUAUAUUUGACAGAAAACACCCCCCCGGGUACAUCAAUAUUUUCUGUAAGCGCUGCUGAUAAUGAUCUUAAUGAAAAUGCAGCAGUAACGUAUCACAUUGUGAGAGGUGAUGGGCUGCAGGAAGAUAUGACAUCUUUUCUAAAUGUAAAUUCGGAAAACGGACGAAUAUCCGCUCUAAAAAGGUUUGACUUUGAAACACUGAAAACUUUCCAGUUCCAAGUUGUUGCCUCAGAUUCUGGAACUCCGUCACUCAGCAGCAACGUCACAGUCAAACUGUUCAUUCUGGAUCAGAACGACAACGCUCCAGUCAUCCUGUAUCCACUCAGCUCCAACGGCUCUGCUGAAGGUGUGGAGGAGAUUCCCCGCAACGUCAACGCAGGACACUUGGUGACUAAAGUCAGAGCCUAUGACGCUGAUAUCGGAUAUAACGGCUGGUUGCUCUUUUCACUGCAGCAAGUUACUGACCACAGUCUCUUUGGUUUGGACCGCUAUACAGGACAGAUCAGAACACUUCGCUCAUUCACUGAGACAGACGAGGCUGAGCAUAAACUGGUCAUACUGGUCAAAGACAACGGCAACGUUUCUCUCUCAGCAACAGCUACUGUGAUUGUCAAACUUGUGGAGCCCAAAGAGGCUUUUGCAGCUUCUGAUGUUAAAAAUGCAGCAAAAGAUGAUGAGGACAAUAAUGUGACUUUUUACCUCAUGAUAACUUUGGGCUCAGUUUCUGUGCUUUUUCUCGUCAGCAUCAUCGUGCUGAUUGCAAUGCAGUGCUCCAAAUCCACAGACUAUACUUCUAAAUAUCUGCCAGAGACUAAUUAUGAUGGGACACUGUGUCACAGCAUCCAGUACAGAUCAGGAGAAAAACGGUACAUGUUAGUUGGACCCAGAAUGAGUAUAGGAUCAACCAUAGUGUCGGGUAGCCAUGCAAAUACACUAGCGUUGCCUGACAGGAGACGUCCUUCUGAAGAGGUAAGUUGA